GCAUCGUUCAGCAAUUGCCUCAAUAUGAAUCAGAGAGAUUUCUCAUCUCCACGUUGAAGGUGAAGCUUAGACUGCAUUAUAAAAGCCUCCUUGGUCUGUGGUCUUUACCAGUGCUGGCUUUCUGCUACUGCUCCACACUUUCGUGCAGUGAGGGAAGGUGAACCUGAGGUUGGGAAAAUGCCCACACUGGAAGACCACCUGGAGGGAAUUGUCAACAUCUUCCACCAGUACUCAGUUCGUUUGGGGGAUUUUGACACCCUCUGUAAGAGUGAGCUGAAGAAGCUGAUUACAAGGGACCUUGCAAACACCAUCAAGAAUACCAAAGACCAAUCUACCAUUGACAAAAUAUUCCAGGAUCUGGAUGAUAAUGCAGAUGGACAGGUCGACUUCAAGGAAUUCCUAUUACUGGUGGCCUCUGUGCUUGAGACAACCCAUAAGAACCUCCACCAUGAGUAGGAAGCUCUCUGAGAGCCUUUCACCCAGCAAUGUCCUUAGGAGGGUGCUUUCUUCCCCUCACAGUCCUGUUUUGCCUGCGGAGAGCCAGAAUUAAUAAAUGUACUCAUGAAAAAUUC